UUUAUCAGUGGUUUUGUACAGAUUUGUUUUGAUUUUAACUAACAGAGCCACAAUAGCAAAAAAAACUUCCUGAAAGAAAGAGAAAUAAAAUAUACUGAAUAUAUUAAAAAUAAAUUAAAUACGGACGAACAGAUUAAUGACUUUCAUAAUUAAAGAGGCUCGUGUACAUAGCGACGAUCGUAUAUACAUUUAUUAUCCUCAGCAAAGCAAAUUAAAUAUUUCUACACGUAUUGUAGAAAUUUAAUUGUCGUAAGUGAAGUCCUUUAUGCGAAAAGCGUUCAGUUGCUAAUCGCUUAUUAACCAUAACAUAAUAUUUUUGUAAUCAACUCAGCAUAACACAUAAUGUUACGAACAGCUUUAAAGUCUAUUUCACAGAAAAAUUAAUAUGGCCGUUACUUACACGAUUGACGAUGCAGUAGACAAUUUUGGUUAUGGAAAGUUUAACAUAAAACUUACAUUACUGCUCUUAGUUAUGUAUAUGAUGGAUGGUAUUGAGCUCACUUUGGCUGCAUUGGUGUCACCGCGAUUAAAGUGCUUAUGGGGUUUGACAUCAACUGAAACAGCGUUGCUUUCUUCAGCUGUAUUUGGAGGGAUGGUAUGUGGUGGGCUUUACUGGGGUGAGCUUGCCGAUAAAAAAGGUCGAAAGUUGCCUAUGGUUUUUUGUGCAGCUAUGGUUAUGUACUUUGGACUUCUUUCUGGCGUUGCAUUUAAUGUAUGGUCGCUUUUUGUUAUGCGUGCAUUUGUCGGCUUUUUUAUGGUUUGUAUUCCACCAAGCGUUGUAAUAUAUUCCGUGGAGUUUAUUCCAAUGAAAUACAGAGGCAGUGUAACAUUCGGAUUAAAUCUUAGCUACAGCUUUGGCGCAAUGUUCGCAUCGGGUUUAGCAUAUCUCGUCAUGAACAGUCUGGGUUGGCGUUGGUACAUUAUUUCGUGUACUGCGCCGGCAGUUAUACUGUUAAUAUUUUCACCAUGGUUGCCUGAAUCAAUCAGGUAUUUAUACAUAACUGAUCGAUAUAAUGAUCUCGUGGCAUUAUUGCAUAGGAUGUCAAAGGAGAAUAAAGAAAAACUCCCUAAAGGUGAAGUUGUAAACAUGAAAGUUAUAAGGGAACGAGGACAAAUACUGGAAUUAUUUACUCCACAUUUUAUCGUACCCUCGUUAAUUUCGUUCUUGAUCACAAAUAUGUCAUCAAUGAGUUAUUUUGGUACCGUAUUCUUAGGUUCUCAAAUUAUACAAUCUGACAAACUUGAUUGCCCAAUUGGAAACAACAUUAAUCGGCGGACAUCUAGGUGUUUUGAACUGACUAAUUAUGACUAUAUGUGGUACAUACUAUUCGCAGUAGGAGAUACUGUUGGUGUAUUUGCCGUGCUUUUAUUUGUGCACCGAAUAUCUCGGAGGGUCUUGCUGUGUGUGAUAUUUGCCUUAAGUGCAGCAUGUUUUCCAUUGUUGUACCUCUGUCUAUCGACAGCAAUAAACAUAUUUGUCAUGUUUCUAGUGCGUGGGCUGCUGAGUCAAACAGUGCAGCUCGCACUCCUUUUUGUGGCCGAGCUUUAUCCUACAAGAAUACGAGGAACAGCCGUUGGGUUCUUCUUUGGAACGUCUCGACUUGGCGUGAUUGCAUCGACGUUUUUAUCUGAAGUUCUUUUUGAGUAUUCAUACCUUUUAAUGACAGUUGUUUAUAGUGGCUUGCUUUUAUUGACGGCUUUGGUGCUCUCUUGUUUACCUGGUGAUACGAGGAAAACGAAACUAGCAGAUAAAUAAGUGCAGCUUAAAAUUAAAAGAACUAAAGCAUCUAUUACUGACUUCAUGUCAAAACACAUGUAGGAUACAAGAUGACUAAAAUACUUUCGAUCUGGAUUAUCACCCAUGCGAAUACUUAUUAAUUUAAAUAAUUUGAUAAGAUGGUCAUGUGCGAAUAUGAAUGAAUGGCAAGUGAAUUUUAAAUUCUGGCUCGUUCGGUUGCGUUCUAUUUAUUUUCAUUUUUUUUUUUUACUUUAGCAGCGUUAUUUUGGUUGUUGUCCCCUUGAGCCCGUUUAUGACAUUCAUCAGUAUUCUUUUGGUUCUUCUGAGACAUUGUUCGCCAAUGCUUUAUUUUAUAGUUUUUAUUAAAAUAUGUGCUUUUAUUUUAAACUUACUUCGCCGGUUUGAAGUUUUUCGAACAUUUUAUAAUAACUUUUAUUAGGAUUGUUCAAGUUGAAAAAACUUGGCACACUUAGAGUACGUCAUGAAAGAAACAAAAUGGCUGCAAUGAAUUUUUGCUUUUGUCAGGACUUUUUCUGCGACAUCAAACUGUACAUAACGUAAAUGAAAGCUGUAAAUGACACAGUAAUUUGGCAAUUUUAACAACAGCACCCUAACCGCUUGAACGAAAUUGUGAGCAUCAUUCGUCGGUAUUUUAAGGAGGAUUUUCACGAAGCGAAUUGAGCGCGAAUUCGGCGGCGAAUUGUAUCUGAGCAUACGCAGUUCGAUGCAAAAUCAAAACAAACAAAACUGCGCAUGUUCAGAUACAAUUCGCCGUCCAAUUCGCCGUUCAAUUCGCCGUUCAAUUCGCAUCGUGAAAACCCCCCUUUAUGAACAGCAUAAAUUAGAUUUAGAUAGAUAAAGAAAGGGCUAUAAACUGCUAGGUAGAGCCUUCAGGCUAUGUCGAUGUCAGCAGUUGACAGUACGGUCUGGAGGAAUUGCGUAGGUUUUUUGUAAAGAACAAGAAUUUACUGCAAUAAAUAUGGUGUUAUUCCUGUGCCUAUAAUCACCUUAAAUGCAAAAACCACCUUGGCAAAGCAAAACACUACGCACAUUUUGUAGCAUUUUAACCAACUUGAACUGAUAAACAAUAUUGGAAAGCAAUUCUCCUAAAUUUAAACAAGACUUUAAAA